AUGGAUAUCUCUAUGGGAGUGGGGGUGACCUUGGUUUUGGGAGGCUUGCCGCUAUUGGGGUUGCUCUUGUGGUGGUGGAAUGAGCUUUGGUACGUGCUUCCUCUCAAACUUCAACAUUCGACUACUGGUGCUAAGUUGCCGCCUGGCCACAUGGGACUUCCACUUGUGGGUGAAUUACUCACAUUCUUGUGGUACUUCAAGGUUCUUCGUCUUCCAGAUGAUUUUAUCAAUGCUAAACGAGCAAAGUAUGGUGAUGGAAUAGGAUUGUACAGAACCUACCUCUUUGGAUCACCGUCCAUCAUAGCAUGUUUCCCAACAGUCAACAAGUUUGUAUUCCAAUCAGACGACACCUUCAUCCUAGAAUGGCCUAGCGUUGAUCUUAUGGGUUACACUUCUCUGGUGGCAGUUCAUGGGAAGUCCCAUGCAAGGCUCAGAGGUUACGUCACAAAUGUUAUUAACCAGCCGGACGCUCUUCGGCGGAUUGCCCAGGUAGUCCAACCACGCAUCACAGCUGCACUCGAGUCAUGGGCUCAGAAGGGCAGAGUCAAAGCUUAUGACGAAACUAAGAAGGUGACGUUUGAAAAUAUUGGAAAACUAUUUGUAAGUUUGGAGCCUGGACCUCUCCUGGAUACCAUUGAUAACUUGUUUGGAGGAUUGAUCAAAGGAGUUAGAGCUCAACCAUUGAACAUUCCUGGAACUGCCUUUCACCAUGCUCGUCAGUGUAGGAAGAAGCUUGAGGCCAUUUUCAGUCUGGAGCUGGAGAAGAAGAAGAGCCAAAAACUAGUGACAAAUGAUCUCAUGGAUGGGCUUAUGCAAAUUAAAGAUGAGGAAGGUAAUAAACUAAGUGACCAAGAGGUGGUAGAUAACAUCGUUAGCCUUGUUGUAGGUGGAUAUGCAUCUACUUCCAUUGCGUCAAUGUGGGCUAUAUAUUAUUUAGCCAAGCACCUUACUGUCCUUAAAAAGCUUCAGGAGGAGAAUAUGGCUAUAAAGAAGAACAAGAAGGGGGAUUUUAUUACAAAUGAAGAUGUUUCAAAACUGAAAUACACAAAGAAGGUGGUCGAAGAAACAAUAAGAAUCGCCAACAUUGCAGCUUUUAUUUUCCUAACGGCUGUCAAGGAAGCUGAGUAUAAAGGAUAUAAAAUACCCAAGGGUUGGAAAGUGAUUCUUUGGCUUCGAUACCUCCACACAAAUCCAGAGAAUUUUGAUGAUCCUAUGUGCUUUAAUCCAGACAGAUGGAAUGAACCAGCUAAGCCCGGAACGUACGAAGUUUUUGGUGGUGGAUCAAGAAUAUGUGCAGGAAACAUGCUUGUUAGAAUACAACUUGCAAUCUUGUUACAUCAUUUGUCAACAGGAUACAAAUGGGAAUUGAUCAAUCCAGAUGCAGAGAUGAUUUAUCUGCCACAUCCAAAACCAAUUGAUGGGGUUGAUAUCACCAUUAACAAAAUUUAGAAAUCCUCG